AUGAAGAAAUUAUUUGAAUUGCAACAAAAUGAAAAGGCUUAUAAUAAGUUACUUUUUGUUGACGCUCCUGUAGUAAAAGAAAAAUACCACCCACCUAAUUUACAUUUAACAAUUAAAGUUAUUUGUAUUGAUGGUGAACUUAUUAUUGAUAAAGAAAUAUGUGAUACAGUAAAAGGAUUAUUAUUAAAUGAAUUCAAUAAGUUUAAUGAAGAAGAUGACAAAUUUAUAUUUUUGAGAAAACCAAGGUUUGUUGUUCAAUCAUUAUUACGACCAUAUAUACAGAAAUGUAAUACUAAGCCAUUAUUUAUAUUUAAAAGUACUUCAGAAGAACAACUAAAUUUAUUACUUGAUGGGUAUUAUGAGUUGCAGAUGAUUAAUAAAACUUUUAUUCAUGAACUUAUUGAUUGGAUGAGUGUUAAUGAUAAAUACCAAAUACCCAUUGACAUUGAACAGUAUAUUGUUUCACAAUUUGAUGUAUUUAACCCACAAGAUGUAUCAGCAUUAGCAUUUUUAUAUUCUAAAUUACAACAAACUGUAUUAAGAAGAUAUUGUUUUGAAUCAUAUAUUAUGAAAAAUGGUAUUUCGUCAACAAGAAAUCAACUAAAAGAAAGUGUUGGUUCCUUAACAGCAUUUGUUGUUUCAAAGAUUUUAGAAGGUGUUUCAUUAUUUCCUGCUGUGUUAACAGAGAUUCUAUCUGGAGAUCUAAAAGAAAAUGAAUUAUUUGAUGUAUUACAAUCUUGUCUUCAUUUAGUUCAAUAUGAACAAAAGAGAAAGGAUUUUGUUUUAAGAAAUAAUUUAACUCUCCUUCAAAAUAAGGUUACUUCUCUUCAAACAAAAUCAAAUGAUAUUAUUAUGCUUUUCCUUCAUACAUUUUCUCUUUGUAGUCAAGAAACAGAAGCACAAUCAGAAUUAUGGAAUAAUGGAUUAUAUCAAACUGCAGUUACUUUAGCAAAUAAUAGUGGAGAUGAUUGUAUGAUUUAUAUAUGUAUUGCAUCAUUGGGAGCAUACUGUGGUACAGUAGAACAUAAUGUUAAUGUUAUCAAAGCUGGAUUUCAUCAAUUUAUUAUGCAACAUAUUCAAAGUACUACAAAAGAAUUUAGAGAAGCAACUUCACUGGUUGCAACAGAAACAUUAAUUAAACUAUUCACAACAAAUCUUAUUUCUAAAGAAGAAAAGGAAGGUUUUGUUGAAAAUUUACUUGACUUUAUUGAUGAAAGUCUUUAUAUCCCAGCUAUAGUGAAUGGGCUUCAAUUAAUUAAGACACUUGUUAAUGAUAAUGCACAUAAUCUUUUGUUAGCAAAACGAUGGUUUUCAUUAUCAAGAUUAGUUAUGAGAUAUAACUCAGAAAAAGCAAUAAUUGUUGGAGUAUUUAAAAUUUGUGUCAAUAGAUAUAGAGAAACAACUCAAGGUAUUGAUCCAGAAGAAAUGUCAGUGUAUAUUGGAGUAUGUUUAGACCAUAUUGAUGAUGAAGAAAUUAUUAGUAGUGCAUUAAUAUUUUUCGAAAUAAUUACUAAUAAUAAAGAAUGGUGUGGACUUGCAGUGAAGAAUGGUUUACAACUUGUAAUAAGUGAAAUUAUCAAGAGGUAUCAAAAGAAUGAAAUGAUAGAAGUUUGUUCAACAACUUUAUUGGUUAAUAUAAUUCAAAAUAACUUUGGAAUACUUGAAUUUUAUUCAAUGCAAUUACCUGAUGUAUUAUGUCAAGUUAUGAAUACUUACCAACAUAAUUCAUUAAUUCAAGACCAAUGUGGAACGGUAUUAGUUUAUCUUCUAGAUGCUAAUCCAAACAAAGAUGAGUUACUUAAAUGGGCAACAGUAUGUUAUAAAGCAGCACUUGAAUUUGUUGGUAAUUCAUCGAUUCAAUGUAAUUCAUUAACACUAACAUGCCAAUACCUUCAGAUAACUAAUGAUAUUGAUACUUUUAAUAAGAAUGGAUGGAUUGAUAUUUUUGAAGUAACAUUGAAAAAUUUUACCUGUGAUCUAGAUAUUCAAUACCAUGGUAUAAAAUUAUUGUUGUAUUUAUUAAAACACCAAAGCUAUUCUUCUGAAGUAGAGUUAAUGAAUUAUUUUUCUAUUACUGUUAUUAGAUGUUCAUCUUGUAAAGAAAUAUUAGAAGGUGUUUGUGAUUGUAUAUUGCAGUUGAUAUCCCCAUUAAAUAAUGAUUGGAAGAAAAAUUUAACAUUUCUUAAAACUCAACCAUUGUUACCAAACCUAGAAAAAUUCUCAUCGUUAUAUAACAAUGAUAUUCCUUUGGCAUUGAGAUAUAAUUCAUUACUUAUUUAUAACCAACAAAUAAACUCAGGAGAAGAAAAUACUGUUGCUUCUACUUACCAUUUUAUACUUAACGAAUAUAUCAAUUCAAUUUAUCAAAAUGAUUACAUUCUCAAUGCUUCACAAGAGGCACAGAGUGUUAGUAGUUUCUUGAAACUAAUUUCAAAUUUUGAUUUUGAUGAAGAUUCAAUACAAUGCACUAUUGCUGCUAUGGCAAUUCUCUCAAACACAAAAGAUUUUUUUAAAGAGGCAUACAAUUAUUAUAAAAUGGUUGCAAAUCAUUUUUUUAAAACAGAUAAUAUAUUAACAAGAAAGUACUCAACACUCUUUUUUGCCCUUCUCCCUGAAUCAUUAUAUGACGUUGAUGCAAUAUCUAAUUACGCUGAAGCAGUGACAAGCUCUUUACUUACUAAUUUCCAAAUAGCUGAAAAUGAAAUAGAUAUCGUAUAUAUCACAUUUGUUUCAAUUAACCGUAUUAUAAAGAAGGUUCGUAUUUGUCGUUCAGUUGUUUAUCAAUUUAAUGCAAUGAAAACAAUCAAUAAAUUAGUAGAUAAAUUUAAAGCAAAUUUUACUCUUGAAAUGUCCAAAGAAGCUGAUUUAUUACUUAAACAGAUUCAAUAA